UCUAAUGCCUCUGCUGUGUCAGAGUUUUUCUUUUUAUCUUUGAACUAAAAAGGUGUAUCUAUAUUUCUAAGUACCUGGGUUGAAUUGAAUAAAGUACUAACGAUUAGGAUACAAAUUGGAUGUUUGCAAUAUGUUCUCUUUAGGAAUUCUGUGUUGGGACAAGGCUGGUAGCUUUUUUAUCUCAUUUGUUGCUCAGUACACUGCUUUGAGUUUGAGUUUAUUAGAAGCUGUAAAAUUAAACCACACCCAAUAGAAGAUGAGCCAAUUAAAUGCAAAUGAACAUGAUUUUAUAGCUCACACUUUUUUAUUCGCUUUACAUUUCAACAUUUUUCUUUUGUGGAUUGCUUUUUGUUUUUACAUCCAGUCUUGUUGUCAUAAUAGCAAUUCUUCUAGUUUAUGAGAUAUGAAAGAAAGUAUUCUACAUUGCAGAGGAAUUCAGAUCCAAAUGUCUUUUGCGCCGCCGUCGGCCACUCCAAUGUGCCCCCAUAACGUUGCAAAUUGACCUAGGAAAGGAAUGUCAAUUUCUUGAAAGGCAGGCAAGGAAGAAGGCAGAGGACGUGGAUCAUAUAAUGGCACAACGGUUAAAUGAGCAUCAAUAUCAACAGGAAGGCCAGUAUAUAGAGUGUAAUUGUUGUUUUGGUGAGGCUGUUUUUGAGGAUAUGACGCAAUGCAGUGAGGGUCACUUGUCCUGUCUUGAAUGUUUAAGGAACUAUGCAAAGGAGGCAAUAUACGGAUCAGGAAAGAUACCGCUUUGCUGUCUAACAUCUGACUGUUCAAGCAUCUUUCCUUUAAGCCAACUCGAAAAGGCAUUGGAUUCCAGCAUGUUUGACAAAUAUCAAGAACGGCUACAAGAAGAAUCUCUCAAGAUGGCUGAAUUACCUGACCUUGUAAGAUGCCCGUCAUGUGAUUAUGCCGCAGAGAUGCCUGCUGGCGAUAAAGUUUUCAAAUGCCAAAAUACAGACUGCAUGAAGGAAACCUGCAGGUACUGUAAGGAGCCUUGGCAGGACCAUUUUGGAAUCCCGUGUACAGAAAUGGAAAGUGGGAAAGAGAAAAAUAUACGUGUAUCUUACGAAGAGAAAAUGUCAAAAGCAAAAAUCAGAACAUGUUCACAAUGCGGAUGUGGAUUCAUGAAGACAGACGGUUGCAAUAAAAUGACAUGUCGAUGCGGGACAACGAUGUGUUAUAUAUGCCGUAUAUCUAAAAUUGGAUAUCAACACUUUUGCAGUCACCCUCGAGAUCCAGGAAAAUUAUGUACAAUGUGUAAAAAGUGUUCUUUGUGGACUGACCCAACCGAAGACGACGAAAGGGCCGUAAGGGAGCUGAAAGAGGAAGCUGCGAAAGAGGUGGCAAAGGUUAAGACCCCAACCCAAAAUGAUGUUCACGUUGUUUCUGCUGGAUCGAAAAGACCCUUAAUGGUAGGGCCGCCUGAAGAACAUAAUACACCAAAGAAACAUAAAAAGAGACGAUAGGAGCGUGUUGCUUUUCUCAAAGUUCUUUGAUUCGUUGCUCGAAAUCAGCUUGUUCGCUAAAUAAAGGCAUGGCAAAGCAUGGAAGAGAGAAGAUUUCUUCAAAUUAUUUUUUGAGACUCUAGAACCAGCGUAAAUUCUUGGUCAAUUGUUGAACUUUCUAAGCAUUCUCGCUUGUCAUUAGAGAGUUAUUUAGGUAUAAAAACUGAAUGCGUUAGCCGUUUGAAUUCCACUCUCUAGUUGUAGCAGCGAGUUUGGCGACAAGAAUCUUAAACAUAGCUUAAAAGGGAAAAUGUUGGACUAGAACGAUUUAAAAGAACGAAAAGACAAGAGGCAUUCUUUAUUCUAUUAAGAGACAUGAAGAGGUUCUGUCAGUGAUUUUUCUUUUGCCAUUAAAGAACGACCCAGCAAUUUUCAAAGAAAGUCUCAGCUUUGUAGGUUUUGCAAUUACUAAAGAGAACCACAAAACUACGACCAAUAUGACCUCAAGAGCUACUGUUUGUGUAACCGAGGUAUUUUGUUACUGGCAAGACCAUCUGCAGUAUUGAAUGCGCUGUGUAGACCAAGUUAGGGACACUAUGUUGUUGGCCAACUGCCAAAAAUUGUUUGUCACAAAAGUUGAACUGUUUUCAACCUUCAAAUAUCGUUGGUGAAUUCGCUUAAGUCCCUUGAGAACAAACAAAUACCUCUAACCGCCGCCAAAUUCGCUCGAGAACUCUGCAGAUGGAAACCGUCCUUUAUCUUAAUCUCUCGUAAUCCCCUCGAAGUUAAAAUGUAUCAAAAAUAUUUCAAUAGUUUCGAAUUUUGUGUAUUUUGUAUAUGAAUCGUUCUUACAUUUGGAAGAGUUUUGUUCAGUUGGAAUAUUUUUAUGAUCACAAACAUGUUUUUGACUUUGUCUCCUUCUCGUUGGAUCGUAUGAUUUAGCAAAAAAUUCUUUUGCUGCAAAGUCAAAGUCACACCUAACAAAAGGGCUUUCCUAUGACGUCAUCUCAUGUUUUCUGUUGAUUUAUUCCCUGAUCUUACUCGAAAAGAUGCAUAGAAGGAGGUUCAAUACUCAUCCUUACUCAGUAUUGGGUAGCAUAGUGAUAAACCUCUUUUAAACAGAACCAUUUAAAGAAGGGCAUUUCUAAAUCCGUCCAGUUUUCAUUAGUAACAAAUUCGCGUAACGUUAUGUAGAAAGAGUUGACUGGCGGGCAGUGCCGGCCAGUAGCUAUUUGACGUGAAUUGUGUAGAUGUGAAUGACUAAAGGGCAUCAUAUCUGAACGGUUUAGCAAGCUAUAGACAGCGAUCAACUGAAACACAACAACAGCAACAACAAAAGCAGCGCCAAGAAAUCAAAGGACAUCAUGUGGAAAGACAGAAUCCACGCUGGGUUUAGACAUGAAGACCAGUAAAGGUUGUUGAGAAAUUGUUUCUAAGCGAAGAUCUGAGACAUUAUCAACACAAUAAACUUGCAAUAAAUCCUCUUCAACUAUUUUGUUUCUUGGAAAGCCAAUUCAACCGUUUAUUAGCCUCAUGUUUAUUAGCCUCAUGUUUGUCUAGGCAGAUGUUUAUUAGGGGAAACCGUUUUUUGCUACUGCUUUCCCAGAACAGGUACAUAUGUUUUUCUUGAUUGAUUUCUUGUUCUCAUAUUUUUGCAGAAACAUGCAAAAAAUACCUCGUAAGAAUUAACAAUUAUUUUCAGAACCCAAUUUAUUGCCAUGAUAUGCUUGAGUAUUUGACUUGGCGUUUGAAAUGUUGUGCUUUUUUGGAAGUAUUUGAAAGAAAAUGCUAAGAUUACCUUGCAUAAAAAUGUUAUACCAUCAUAGGGUUAAGAAAUCACUUUAUUGAUGCAAAACUGAUUUUUUGACUUCGUGGUUGCAAAAUGAUGUUUCAAAAUAUUUAGAAAAUUUGGUUGGCAUGUUUGCAUGAAACGAUCUCACGACAGCUAACAUUUGUUUUUCAAACGAGAACAGACAGAUUGCCAAUUUUUGUGCGAAUACUGUUAUUUAUUGAAGUAAAAGGCAACUGGUGAGGCACUUAUGAUUCGUGAAAAGAAUAAAUAUUCAGUUAUUUGUUUCAGCUAAUAUGAACCUACCUAUCUUUUGGCAAUAUUAAUCAAUAUAUGUACAGCUAAUUAAUAAGCUAAUUAACGCCAACAUAUUAAAUUAAAAAACCUUGAGUUGCAAUUUUUUGCCUACAAAAACUUAAAAAUCUACAAAUACCGAAAACCUUUGAAGAUGCUACACGUUUAGGGAGGUUUAGUAUGGAUCUUGGCAGAAUGUUAUUGCUUUAUUGGGAUAAUACCGUCCAAGAGUUUAAAAUGAGAUUGUGAAUUCUAAAUUGUGCCCGAUAUGAGGGGGGGAGGGGGCUGCAGCUCUUCCAGUCCCUAUGUUCAAGAGUAUAACAGACUUACUUAAAACUAUCGCAAAUUAUCGCCAAUCUACAAUAGAAGAAAAGAAGAAACCAUCGUCGAAAUGUGAUGAAAAUUUGCCCUUUGGAAUCAAGCCAACUCCCAACAAUUUUUUUAGCUUUUACCCUUAUUUCAGCUGUGGUUGUAUCGUGAAAACAGUGAACAUUUUCAUCAUGUUAUGUUUCUAAAAUGCAAGCCAUAGAAGAAGCCAGUUUUUUUUAAUUUUCGUUUUGUACAAUUGUAUAACCUUCAACCUGCCACUAAACUAACCAUUCGUUCUAAGACUGUAUGCUACAUUCAACAACGAGGUUUACAUUUUGAAUGCAACUAACGAUACGAAAAUGAAAUGAUUUUUCAAUCGAUAUUAAUCUUUCACUUUACAGUUGGAUGCCUUAUAGCUAAUUACAUUUUUGCUUAUAAAAACAAAUUUUUUACAGCUAGCCAUAAUAAAUUAUAAUCAAUACACAAAAGAUGCAUAAUAAUGGAUGAUGUUCCCUCGGGGAGCAUUAUCAUAUCCUUCCAUCCUAAGAUUGUCCCUCUGAAAUGGAUGGAUCUUUAAACAGAAAACCUGCAACUUGGCCCAAAUUUCUCUGUAAAAUUUGCAAAUAGUUACGUUAGUACCACCAACAAACCUGCGAUUGGGUCAUUUCCUUAAGAAACCUGACUGGGAAUAAGUAAUUUGCU